ACGGUGAUACAUAUCGCUAACCUUAUAUUCCGAGUUACUUCUGACCGGAAUCUCCGUCUUUAAGAAGUUGGUUGCUUCGCCCAGCACCAAGUCACCGCCAACGCUACCCCACCUCCACGGCGUCAAUUCUGCGCACCAAUACGCCUGUCAGAAUGUCAAUGCUGACGCUGCUGACGCUCUGCGUUCUUCCAUCGCUCCUGCUGCUCGUUUCCGUGGCCGUGGCAGCCGUGUAUCGCCUCUGUUGGAGCCCACUGGCGGGGUAUCCUGGUCCGAAGCUUGCUGCCCUGAGCAACUGGUACGAAUUCUACUACGAUGUGAUCUUGCAAGGGCAAUUUACAGUCCAGAUCCAGAGCCUACACAAGCAAUACGGUAUGGUGCUGUACUCCGGUACGGGUCGGCGCGAUAAAUACCCCUAUUUCUCAGGACGGUUUGGAUAUUCCAGCGACAUUUUCUCGACUACAAAUCAUGAUCUCCAUCGGCUUCGGCGGAAGGCCUUGAGCCCUAUGUUCUCGGUGAAGAAGAUUGAAGAAUUCCAGCCUGUCAUACACGAGAAGGUGGAAAAGUUCUACCGCAAGGUUGCACAAUAUCAGAAUGGACAAAUCCUCCCCAUGAGUCGCGCCUUGAUGGCGUUGACGACAGACAAGAGCGCUGAUAGAUGAUGGAACAUGGG